AUGUCUUCUCUCAUCCGCGUGCCCAUCCGCCGCAACCCUCACUACAAACGCAAUGGCCUCAAGUCCUACGUCUACAUGCUUAACAAGUACCGCAUUGCUCCCACCAUCCAGGGUCCUUACUCCGCCGCCAGAGGCAAGAAACUGCUGGUCAAGCAGAACGCCGAUGGCUCUCAGGGUGAAGUGACUGCAAGUGACCAGCAGAAUGACUCCCUGUACACCGUUCCCGUCAAGAUUGGUACACCAGCUCAGACACUGAACUUGGACUUUGACUCGGGAUCCUCUGACCUCUGGUGCUGGUCCACCGAACUGCCACAGAGCACUUUGUCUGCAGGCAAGGGCCAUACCAUCUUUGAUCCUUCCAAGUCGUCCACAUUCCAGACCUCUCAGGGCUCCACCUGGCAGAUCCAGUAUGGCGAUCAAUCUUCCGCGUCCGGCAAAGUCGGGACAGACAACAUCGAGAUUGGCAAUAUCACCGUCAAGAACCAGGCCAUUGAGCUCGCCACAAAGCUGUCGUCUCAGUUUACCCAGGAUACAUCCUCAGACGGCCUUCUCGGUCUCGCGUUUGGCUCGAUCAACACCGUCCAACCGGAGCCUGUGCAGACACCUGUUGCCAACAUGAUCGCCCAAGACGACAUCCCUCAGAAUGCCGAGUUGUUCACCUGCUAUCUGGGUUCCAUCAAAGAUACGAAUGAGGAGUCAUUCUACACCUUUGGUCAGAUCGAUCAGUCAGUCGUCCCGUCCGGUUCUAGCAUCGGCUACACCCCGGUCGACAACUCUCAGGGGUUCUGGAUGUUCGACUCGACCUCUGCCCAAGUCAACGGCAAGACCAUUCAGCUCUCCGGGAACAAGGCGAUUGCGGAUACCGGUACCACUCUUCUCCUGACAUCCGACGAGGUCUGUCAAGCUAUCUACAGUGCCAUUCCCGGUGCCAAACAAGACAGCACGGAGCAGGGCUGGGUGUUCCCUGCGAGCACUGCUGAAAAUGAUCUUCCUACCGUCACGUUCAUGGUCGGCGACACUCCCAUCACCAUUGAGAAGCAACACCUUGGGUUUGCCGGUGCCUCUGAUGGCAAUAUGGUGUACGGCGGUAUUCAAUCUCGCGGCAGCCAGAACUUUGACAUCUUCGGAGAUACCUUCUUGCAGAAUGUCUAUGCUGUCUUCGAUGUCGGCAACACGAGAUUCGGGGUAGUGCAACGUGCAGCAUCAACAUCGACGUCGACCUCGUCUUCGACGUCGACCCAGCCCAAAGCGGAACUGUAA